UAACAUCGGCAGCAUCGAUGACAAGAGCCACCUCUAGCCAGCCCUGGUUUACAUUCGUAACGAAGAAGCAAACACUGUUUUUUUGCAGAACUCAUUGAAGUUUUCUCGUGUUUUUCGCCAUUUAACCGAACUAGCAAAAGUCCAGAAUGUCCUUCGUGAAGAACGCCCGUCUGUUGGCCGCCCGCGGCGCCCGUUUGGCCCAAAACAGGAGCUACUCGGACGAGAUGAAGCUCACCUUCGCCGCCGCCAACAAGACCUUCUACGAUGCCGCCGUGGUGCGCCAAAUCGAUGUGCCCUCCUUCUCCGGCUCCUUCGGCAUCCUGGCCAAGCACGUGCCCACUUUGGCCGUCCUCAAGCCCGGCGUCGUCCAGGUGGUGGAGAACGAUGGCAAACUGAUCAAGUUCUUCGUCUCCAGCGGCUCCGUCACCGUCAACGAGGACUCCUCCGUCCAGGUGCUGGCCGAGGAAGCCCACAAUGUCGAGGACAUCGAUGCCAACGAGGCGCGCCAGCUGCUCUCGAAAUACCAGUCAGAGCUGAGCUCCGCUGGCGACGAUAAGGCCAAGGCCCAGGCUGCCAUCGCCGUGGAGGUCGCCGAAGCGUUAGUCAAGGCUGCCGAAUAGACGUAAUCACCACACUACCGCCACCAAUAAACCACAAUCGAUGCUUUGUGUCUGAAAUUAAUAAAACAUAACGAUCACCUUAAAAAGAAAGAGCGUUAUGAAACAAUAAAAAGCGAAUCAUAAUAUCGUAUUAAUGACCCGUGA